AUGGUCUUUAAGAGCUUUCACCUCGCGCGCCAGAGUCUUGCCAAAGGCUUCACUCACGGUUAUGCUCAGUCAGUAGUUGCUGGUGUUAGCCAGAACAAUCCUCUUGCCUCGCUCCAGCACGACCGCUUCCGCAAAGGCCUCAAAAACCAACAUGCUUUUGCUUCGACUUCGUCCACGACGAGUGCCCUCAAGGCGCUCGCUGUUGGACAACCAGACCACCAAGACUCGGGCUUAGCUGCCUACUACACUGCAUGGCAAAAGCACCAGCGAACCGACGACAAGGAAUGGUCGCAAUUCCAGUUCCGCAAGCUCAUCGAAUGGGAUCCGGCAAGCGCCAAGAAUGCUGCCGAGAUCAAGGAGAGUAGCGUUGCGAUUGAAGAGACGGCAGACCUGGUCCCGGCUCCUGCUCGUGGCUCCGUCAGUCGCGCGUACAGUACUAGUCAGGUAGAGGAUUUCAAGAAGGCUGUCGGUGGUGAAGAGGCGGAGAAGAUUGCGUUGGCCCAAGUAGACGAGGCCAUUGCACAAGAGGUGGCCAAGCACAAGGCCGUCGACGAGGAGGUUUCUUCCGUCCAGGAGGCCCGAUCAGAGUCGCCUGCCACUGUCUCGGACACUCUAGUAAUUUCGACAACCUUCAGCCAUGCGGAUUCAACAGUCGCCACCAGCCCAAUCGAAGCACAUGAUGAGUACACGGUACAGCUGCAGAAGCUGGUCGUCAAUCACAACUAUGCCGAAGUCCCUGCCGUCUUCGAGGCUAUGCUUCGUUCAGAGGUCCAGCCAUCGGCCACUGCAUACAACGCUCUUCUGUCCGCAGCGAUACACCUUCCUCGGGCCCAGCACCAGGUUGUUCCCAAGGCGCUGGAUGUAUACUCGGAUAUGCUUCGUCGACGCGUGGCUCCCGACACUGCCACGUACACCACGCUCCUCGAGCUCCUUUCCAUCAGAUCCUUGGAAGUUGUGUCUUUGAGGCAGAGCUUUGAAGACAGGCGACUGCGGUACGGUGGAAUGGAAGAGGAGGGAAGAUUCAUGCUCCAGUCGCACGAGACUGACUAUGCCAUCCUGGCUGAAGAUGGAUCGCUGUCAGUCGCUGUGAGACUUUUUGAUGCGGCCGUUAGCAGCGAAGUUAGCCGCACAUUUGCUGAGAAGACUUACCGACUACUUGUCACUGCUUGUGCGGAGGGCGACCGCGUAGAGGACAUGGUGCGAAUCUACUCGCACAUGGAAUCGCGAGGUGUAACUCCGGCUGCUGACAUGUUCGUCCCCAUGAUCCACGCUUUCGGCAAGUCGGGCGACUUGAGGAGCGCGGUUGAGUGCUACGACGAAUACAAGACGCUCGCAAUCUCAAACGACAAUGGCGAGAUUGAGAUUUCUCGGAAAGACAACGACGUGUACGCCGCCCUUGUCAAGGCUUACACGGUCUGCGAUCGUCUGGAGGGCGCUCAGAAGUUUGUGGCAAAGAUCGAAAGCGGACUCACUGCGCCUGAAGAUGUUACUUCGGUUCGCGACAUUGUAGGCCUCAAGGCCUUCCUUCCGGAGUGGCUGAAGAAUGGUUCUUUCGAGGAAGCCUACGUGCAUGCCACCGAGUAUCUCAGCCCGCAGGCCCGCCAAAUCGCCAUGGCUGCCAUCUGCAUCAAGGCUGCCGACCGCGACGCCGUCGAGGUCGCUACUCAGGCUUUCGAUGACCUGCCGGCUGAGGUUGACCUCUCUCGGCCGGCCAUGGCCAUGGGAGCCAUGCACAUUCGCACUGGAAACAUUGAAGCAGCCGAGGUCUUUUGGAGGAUGCUCGAGCUGUCGCCUACGAAGCCCGAUUUCAUCGAGCCCACUGCCAUGCACAGCAUUGCGCUGAUUGGCAGUGGGCAUGCGGAACGCGGUCUUCGUCAGGGUCGUCAAAUGUUUGCUCGCAUACGGGACUCUCAGUCUGGCUCUACUCAAGCCAAGAUGGAGAUCGUAGAGCAAGUUGAUGAAGCUAUCGAGGUUAUGGGUCAGUUCAUGAUGAAGCGUGGCAUCUUCCUUCCGCCGCGGGCUAGCAUGGAACUGAUGUGGACGAUGAUUGAAAACGGCGGCCUAGUCACCCCAGUUGCUCACCACCUACUUGCUGGAAUGGGACCUGAGGCCGUUGUUCAACUCAACUUCGACGACAUCACGCUCCUGAUGCAGGUCCAAUCCGGCAUCCUCCUUCAAGAGGCUGAGGUUGAUGUUGCUCACGCUGCACGGUUCGCCCAUCUUCUCGAGGUCAUCACUGCAAGCGGCACCCCAGUCAACAAGACGACGUCUGGCCUUGUCGAGCAGGUGCUUACCAAGCUCGACCGAGGCGAUCUUCAGCACCGCUGGUAUGCCUACAAGCACCCAGCUCCAGAGUCGCUGUACUCUCCCGCCCCGUUCGCCGCCUACCCCGUCCAAGCGCCCGCCACUCCAGCAGCCCCCACCUUUGAGGACCAGUACGACCCAUACGCUGCGUCGACGGACAACAAGGGAUCUGUCGCCAUCACCGAACUGCUCGAGAAGACUCAUGGACGGUCAUCCACCCACCUCAACGAGGCUUUGAUGAAGUUUAGGAACAUGCGUCGGGCUGGUCGCCACCCUCGAUUCUUUACCUAUGCCAAGCUCAUCACUGCCGCAGCCAAGGAGGACCGUUUGAACCUGGCUCACGACAUCCUGAACCUCGCGAAGCAGGAUGUUCCUCUGCUGCCUCAGUACCGCAUUGUUCGAUACGGAUGGGUUACCAUUCUGGAUGCAAUGGUCGCUGCUUGCCUUACCUGCAACCAGCGUGAUCUCGCUGGAAGGUAUCACCAGGACCUCCUUGAGAUGGGUGCCGCUCCUACCGCCAACACUUUUGGUCUCUACAUCACCACCCUCAAGGAGUCUACCAAGACCUUUGACGAGGCUACCGAGGCUGUCAAAAUCUUCCUUCGUGCCAAGGCUGAGGGUGUUGAGCCUUCGUCCUUCCUUUACAACGCUCUCAUCGGCAAGCUUGGAAAGGCUCGCCGUAUUGACGACUGUCUCUUCUACUUCUCCGAGAUGCGCAACCUUGGUAUCCGUCCUACCUCUGUUACCUACGGCACCAUUGUCAAUGCUCUUUGCCGUGUCAGUGACGAGAAGUUCGCCGAGGAGCUGUUCGAGGAGAUGGAGAGCAUGCCCAACUACAAGCCUCGCCCUGCUCCCUACCACAGCAUGAUGCAGUUCUUCCUGACGACCAAGCGUGACCGCAGCAAGGUUCUCAGCUACUACGAGCGCAUGCGUGCUAAGCGCAUCGAGCCUACUACACACACCUACAAGCUACUGAUCGACACCUACGCCACGCUUGAGCCUGUUGACAUGGAGGCUGCAGAGAAGGUACUCGAGCAGGUUCGCACUGCUGGUGCCGUCCCUGAAGCUGUCCACUACUCUUCAUUGAUCCACGCCAAGGGCUGCGUGAUGCACGACAUGGAAGGUGCUCGCCAACUCUUUGACACCGUUCUCGUCGACAAUCGCAUGCCUCCCCAGGCCUGUCUUUACCAGGCGCUGUUCGAGGCCAUGGUCGCCAACCACCAGAUUGCCGACACCGAGUCUGUUCUGGUUGACAUGCGCGCCCGUGGUGUCGAGAUGACCCCUUACAUUGCCAACUCCCUGAUUCACGGCUGGGCGCUUGCACAUGACAUUGAAAAGGCCAAGGCUAUCUACGACUCGGUACCCGAGAGCAAGCGCGAGCCCAGCACGUACGAAGCCAUGACGCGUGCUUACAUGGCCGUCGAGGACCGUUCAGCCGCUAUGACUGUCGUCAACGAGGGCCUGUCUCGCGGCUACCCUGCUGCCGUGGCCGGCAAGAUCCUCGAGCUUGUCGGUGGUGGUCGUGCAGCUGUACCCGAGGUUGUUGCCUAA